AUGGAGCAAUUCAGGAUUUCUUUCUCGACUCCCAAUGAUGCCCUUCAGCCGCUGGCCAUGCUGGCGGGGAGAAUGAUCGACAGUCCAUCUUCGGAGCUGGAAAUCCGAUAUCCUGUCCAGAUGGGGAACCAAACGCAUAGGCCAGUUGCCACCCCAAUGGGUCCAGCACAUGCAUUCCAACAAGCGGCCUGGUCACCGCUCUUCGACCAGGGCCGGAUCGGUUUCGCCAGUGACAAUUCGCAAACAUCCCUUUCGCAUCGUCAAACGUCAAACUCGCAUGCCAUCUUGGCCACAAUCAUUGGUCGACAGGACAUUACAAUCUUUCGAGACACGGUAUGCAGCUACCUUCGUCUGACGUCCGCUUUGUGGACCGAGUUGUACAAUCCUCGAGAAUACUCCACCGCUCACCACCUCCUAACUCGCUAUCUCUGCCAGGAGUACGGCAGACUCCCUCCUGACUUGUGGCGCUUGAUCAAUGAACUCAGAGAUCAGUAUGAUUUUGAGCAUUCGCGUUUUGAGUGUAUCGACAUCAUCUCCUCAAUCCCAACACCACCAGAUCUGAUUUCCACCGGCUUAGCGGCUACUGGGCAUGGAGGGCGAGACUUUGUCCAGGUCCUGGUCAAGGUAGUCAAACAAGAUCCACGACGCCUGUUUCGAUGGCAUGAUGCUUUCAGGAAUGCUGGAAACUUCAGCAACCAUAUGCGCAACUGCCACGCAGAGUCGGAGUAUCGCAACCGGAAUCCUGCAGAGUUCCUGGUGCGAGACUCAUCGCCUCAGCCGAGUAAUCAGGGCGACACCGCUUCCUCGGUCGUCACAGGUGCGAGCGACUCGCCCCUGACUCAACGACGAUUGUCCCAGGAGUCCUACGGUGGUGAAAAUGAGAUUUCGAACGCUGGCCAAGAUGGUGUCAGAUAUGCGGGAGACUUCACUUUCACCACUGGCCACAAUGGCUUCCAGAUCAGCAUGAGCCAGGGCGUGUUCGAUGAAAGCUCUCCAGGACCAUCUGGAUCCAGUGGGCUAUCGACCACUUCACUUCUGGAGGCCUUCAGCUUUGACCCGAGUAAUCCUGGGUCACGCCUCAUCACAUCGCAACAUGAACGUAAUCACGAGUCUUGCUAUCCUCUGAAAGACGAAGUCGAAUAUGGUCAAUUUCAAAUGAUGGAAGACCAAAGAUGGAAGACGAGGCGAAGAGGCUAG